CAAUGGAAUGACAUGUACUCAUUAUGCAAUUUAUGAUCCUCCAAUCAAAAUGUCCGAAAGUUUCUUUUUGAGAUAAUUAAAAAAGAUAUGCUCACAAUUAAUUGGCUUUCGCAGUCUGUUAUGGUAUAUAGAGCAAGGAACGGGAUACUUUGAAAUAAUGUACUUUCCACCAAUAAAUUACAUACUAGCAAAUUACUAAUAAAAUGGCAUAUAUUCAUAUUCAUCAUGCCCUGCAUAAUCAUUUUAUUGGAAAGUCUAAAAAUGCUUUUUUUAAUUUUUAAGAUGACAUAAGAAAGAUGUGGUCUCAUUCAGCGUUCACUUGAAAAUCUAUUUGCUGUGUGAUAUUUGAGGCAGGCAACCACCGCCCUAGAGCCAGUGGGCAGCCGAGCGACGACCCUGUCACAGUAGUCAAGUGCCCCCUGUAGCUGUCGUCGUCCCCAGGGGCCCGCGAGAUGGAUGGAGGCGGUGGGAAGGCGAAAUGAAUAAGAGACGCGGGCCCGGUGAUGGUGAGCAGCAUACUGAUGCUGGGUUUUUAAUUGGGUGCCAAGUUUGAAACGGUUACUGAUGAUUGCAAAAGUAUUUGUUCUGAUAUGACGAAGGAUGACCUUGCAGUUCUCAUCGCAGGAACUAAUGAUGUGGCAUGCAACGAAUCGAACCAUCUGAUUCAAUCAUUCAGGAGGAGACUGUUGGAUUUGCAGCAUACAAGUGUAUUGGUGUUUUCCGUACCCCAUCGACAUGAUCUUCCUAAGUGGUCAUGUGUUAAUAAGGAGGUCCAAAAAACCAACGAACGCUUGAAAAAUAUUAGCAAGCAUUUCUCUAAUGUGACUUUUUCAGAUUUGAGUUGUUUGGGUGCAAGAUUUCAUACGUCUCAUGGUCUACACUUAAACCACCUCGGAAAGAAAUACAUUGUUGAUAUAAUAUUAAAUACUGCAGCUAAGAUUAGUGACACCGUAGAAUCUUCUAAGCAACCUAUUCAAUUGAGUCAACACAAUCAUGAUAACACUGAUGUUUUUUUAGGAUAGAUUGUUCACCUCUUGAGCAAUCACUUGAUAGGAAGACUAAUGAGAAUCCAACUUCAAUAUGUAAUGGUAAAGAUUCAGUUUGCAAGAAAGGAAAUAUUAGAAUUAUGCACCUGAACAUACAACACUUGAAAAAUAAACUUUUAGAAUUAGAUGUAGUUUUAGAUGAAAUGAAGCCAGAUAUCUUGUGUCUGUCAGAACAUGGACUGAAAUCUUCUGAAAUCAAUCUUGUCAAUAUAAGUGGUUACAGCUUAAUUACAUAUUUUUGUAGAGAGUCAUAUAGAGGAGGUGGGGUAUCAAUCUUUUUCAAAAAUAAUAGAAACAUUGUAUCUAAUGUUAUAAACUCCCAUUUUCUGGAGGAUUUUUGUGAAGAAAAGGUUCUUGAAGUUUGUUUGUUAUCAAUUAAGUUACAGAAUGAAGAGAUUUAUUUAUUGUCUUUGUAUAGAUCACCUUCUUGUGAGGUUAAGCCAUUCAUAGAAAACUUAGAUAAGAUACUGUCAAAACUACCCAUUAACAGGAACAAAAUAAUUUUAGGGGAUUUUAAUAUAAAUACAGCCGAGGUGACAAAUGAGAGCAGUUCACUCAGAGACAUGCUACUAUCACAUAAUUUAAGUUUAUGCAUUCAUAGCUUUACUAGAGAAACAAUACACUCUGAAACAAUUAUUGAUAAUAUUGCAACCGAUUUGAAUGAAGAUUUUUAUAGGGCUGAAGUUGUAAAAACAUAUAUAUCUGAUCAUCACUCCCAAAUAAUAGAAAUAUUUAGAGAGGAAGUUGAUAGGUCUCAGGGUAAACCCCAAACACCCUUCACGUAUUUCAGAGAUUAUAAUGAACAUAAUGUAAAUGCUUUUCAUGAACUACUGAAAAAAGAAUCUUGGGAUGAUGUAUAUCGGUCUUGUAAUGUUGAUGAAAUGUAUGAAUCAUUCUUAAAAAUUUUAACCUCUCACAAAAAUCAGGCUUUCCCGCUAAAAAGAAAGAAAGUAUCACAGCUUAAACAGAAUAAAUGGAUGAAUAAUGAUGUGAAAAGAGCUAGGGAGGAAUAUAGAGAUGCUGCUCUUUUCUAUAGGCAAUACAAAACUAAUACUCUCAAAAACUUAUUAAAGCAAAAAAAACAACAAUACAAGAACAUUUUAAACACAUGCAAAACACAAUUCAUCACUAGGCAAAUAUCACAUUCAGACAACUUAAGUAAGACUACAUGGAAUAUUAUAAAUAAUGAGGUGGGUAAUAGAGCUAAUAAUAGAAUAAGUAAAUCUAUAAUCAAAAUCAAAACAGAGGAUUCAGAAGUUGAAGACCCAGUGAAAAUAGCCAACGUCUUCAAUGAUCAUUAUGUAUCUGUGGCUGAAAAAAUACGGAAAGGCAGGGGAAAGCAGAGGUUUGAAUAUUGUAGGAACACAUCAACUAAUUCAUUAAAUUCAAUAUACUUGACAUCAGUAUCCGCAGAUGAGAUUCUGCAGGUUAUAAGAACACUCAAAAACAAAAAGUCAGAAGGUCAUGAUGGAUUCUCUAACUGGUUGGUAAAGAAAUGUGACACUUUUAUUUGUACACCUCUUGCCUUUAUCAUAAACAAAUCUUUCGAGGUGGGUGUAUUCCCAAGAAACUUGAAGAUUGUGAAAGUUAUUCCACUGUUUAAAAGUAAGGAGACAUAAGGGAUAACAUAGAGAACUAUAGACCUGUGUCAAUUAUAUCCACAUUCUCAAAAAUAUUUGAAAAAGUAUUAGAAAAUAGAAUAGUGUCUUUCUUUAAUAAGUACAAACUUCUUUGUGUUGACCAGCAUGGGUUCAUAAAAGGAAAAUCCACAGAAACAGCAGUUGUUACCUUUGUGAAUAGAAUUAUUGAUAAUUUAGAUAAGAAGAAACAUUCAGCAGCCACUUUUGUUGACCUCAGCAAGGCAUUUGAUACAGUUGAACUUACAAUUCUACUAAAUAAAUUAGAAAAUAUUGGCGUUAGAGGGCUUGCACUGAAAUUACUUGCGUCAUACUUACUUAACAGAGUACAAUAUGUUGAAAUAAAAAACAGCAAUGGCAAUUUUAAAUCUAAGUUAAGAGAAGUCAAAUUUGGAGUCCCCCAAGGAUCGGUGCUAGGUCCGCUUCUUUUUAACAUCUACAUAAAUGAUAUAAAGGGCAGUGGAUUAGGAGCUGAUAUUACUUUAUAUGCGGAUGACACUAGCAUCCUAAAUGCUGAGAAUGACUGUGAGCGGCUGGAGUUGAAUGCUUAUGUAUCAGUCAAUAACAUUUGUCAGUGGUUCAACAGCAUCAAUCUGCAUCUUAAUGUUAGUAAAACUGUUAGAAUGACCUUUUCAAAUAGUGUAUGUUGUAUUGGUUUAUUGCUGGAUGAUGAGUUCGUUUCAGAGGUUGAAGUGUGUAAAUUUUUAGGUAUUCAUCUGGAUUCUAGUCUUAACUGGCAAUCUCAUGUGGAUCAUACUUGUUCUAAACUAAGUUCAGUGAUUUUUAUUUUAAGAACACUAUCCCGCUAUUGUACUUUCAAUAUACUUAAAUGCAUAUAUUUUGCUUUAUUUGAAUGUCAUCUGAGAUAUGGAGUAACAGUUUGGGGCAAUUCUUCUGAAAGAAAUGUAAGAAAAAUAUUCACUUUACAAAAAAAAGCCAUUAGAUGUAUGUGUAAACUGACGAGAUAUCAGUCCUGCCGAGAUUAUUUUAAAAUUGAAAGUAUUCUCACAUUUCCAUCUUUGUUCAUAUAUAAGACUAUCCUUAGCACCGUUGAUAAUAAUUUUCUACCCACUAAUAGCAAUAUCCACAGUCAUAGAACAAGAACAGCUAAUAACUAUCAUUUACCUAAUGUUAAUUUAGCAAUAGCAAAGAAAAAUCCAUUUUAUCAAGGAAUAUUUUUUUACAAUAGGCUCCCAAAUGAAAUAAAAUCUGUUAAAACAAAUAAAAAUGUAUUUA